GCCCGCGCCGCCUCCGCGGCUGCCCGUCCCCGCUGCCCGCUGCGGGUGCGUGCGUGAGUGGGCGCGCGGGGCUGGGCGCGCUCGGCCCCCGGCCUCCCGCCCGGCCCGCCGCCGCCUGCCCGUGCGCCCCUGCCCCGGCGCGCACCUCGCCCGUGCCCUUCACGCGCUCUUCGGCGCCGGUGCCCGCCGCCUCUUUCUCCACCAAGUGGGAAUGCUCCAACGGGACUGAUGGACGUGUCGGAACUCUGCAUCCCGGAUCCCCUGGGCUACCACAACCAGCUGCUCAGCAGGAUGCCCUCGGAUGACCGGCACCUGGGCUCCAGCUGUGGCUCCUUCAUCAAGACCGAACCGUCCAGCCCGUCCUCCGGCAUCGACGCCCUCAGCCACCACAGUCCCAGUGGCUCCUCCGACGCCAGCGGCGGCUUCGGCCUGGCCCUGGGCACCCACGGCGCCAACGGCCUGGACUCGCCACCCAUGUUCGCGGGCGCGGGGCUGGGCGCCACCCCGUGUCGCAAGGGCUACGAGGACUGUGCCAGCGGCAUGAUGGAGGACUCGGCCAUCAAGUGCGAGUACAUGCUGAACGCCAUCCCCAAGCGGCUCUGCCUGGUGUGCGGGGACAUCGCGUCCGGCUAUCACUACGGCGUGGCCUCCUGCGAGGCCUGCAAGGCCUUCUUCAAGCGGACCAUCCAAGGGAACAUUGAGUACAGCUGCCCGGCCACCAACGAGUGUGAGAUCACCAAACGGCGACGCAAGUCCUGUCAGGCCUGCCGCUUCAUGAAGUGCCUCAAAGUGGGCAUGCUCAAGGAAGGAGUGCGCCUGGACCGCGUGCGCGGGGGCCGCCAGAAGUACAAGCGCCGGCUGGACUCGGAGAGCAGCCCGUACCUGAGCCUGCAGAUCUCACCGCCCACUAAGAAGCCACUGACAAAGAUUGUGUCGUACCUGCUGGUGGCCGAGCCUGACAAGCUCUACGCCAUGCCUCCCCCCGGCAUGCCCGAGGGCGACAUCAAAGCCCUGACCACGCUGUGUGACCUGGCUGACCGGGAGCUGGUGGUCAUCAUUGGCUGGGCCAAGCACAUUCCUGGCUUCUCCAACCUCUCUCUGGGGGACCAGAUGAGCUUGCUGCAGAGUGCCUGGAUGGAGAUCCUCAUCCUGGGCAUCGUGUACCGCUCGCUGCCCUACGAUGACAAGCUGGUGUACGCGGAGGACUACAUCAUGGACGAGGAGCACUCCCGCCUGGCGGGGCUGCUGGAGCUCUACCGCGCCAUCCUGCAGCUGGUGCGCAGGUACAAGAAGCUCAAGGUGGAGAAGGAGGAGUUCGUGACGCUCAAGGCCCUGGCUCUGGCCAACUCCGAUUCCAUGUACAUCGAGGACCUGGAGGCGGUGCAGAAGCUGCAGGACCUGCUGCACGAGGCGCUGCAGGACUACGAGCUGAGCCAGCGCCACGAGGAGCCCCGGAGGACGGGCAAGCUGCUGCUGACGCUGCCCCUGCUGCGACAGACGGCCGCCAAGGCCGUGCAGCACUUCUACAGCGUCAAGCUGCAGGGCAAGGUGCCCAUGCACAAACUCUUCCUGGAGAUGCUCGAGGCCAAGGUCUGAGCGCGGCCAGCACCCUCCGCGUGGACACACGGCCACCAGCCUCGCUCACCCGCGCGUCCCCGAGAGGGGCUUUCCCGCCCCCGUCCCGCGCCCGCCCGCCGUGCGUGCGCGCUCGGACCCCGGGCUGCUAUGGGCGUGGGCGGGAGGCCAGGGGCGGGGCGCAGGGCGCGGGGGGCUCAGCGGACUGGCUUCUUCUCCGUGAGCAGGGCCUGGGCCAGGCUGACUCCCUCCCCGAGAUAGGAGAGCACCGAGGACCCCUCCCUCCCCUUCAGACCACCAGGACGCAGCAUGUACGUUUCCUCGCUCCUGUCCCUGACCCCCGACGACCCCCCGGCUUCUCCAUCCAUGGCCUGGGCGGGCGCUGGUCUGCUCAUGAUGCCAGAGGCUUGUCUUGGGGGUCCCCCGGCGGCUUUCCCGCCUUGUAGGAGGUUUGGGGGGGGGGACCCCUUAAUAAACCCUGCACCUUCAGAAGUCCAGAUCGCUGUUUUGAGGCCGGUUCAUUCACACGACGGUGGCUGCCCUGGGGGGCCCACUGCCUCUCUUCCCUUGGAAACCCACCCAGCCCCUACCUUGGGGUGCCCUCAGCAGUGGGGUCACCACCAGGAUGACUCGGGACCCCCACCUCUGGGUUCUGACUUCCCCUCUGGCUUCCAGCAACCUCAGGGCAGGUGGGGAGCAGGUACCCGUGGAAUGUGGAGAGGUGCGGGGGUGUCUCCCCUGGGGCACUAUCUGGGUCUCGGACAGCACCCAGGAGGGUUGGACCAGCAUGGACAGGGGUCCCACCAGCCCAUCUCGGCUGAACAUAGAAAGGCCCGGAAGUGGAGCUGGGAUAGCUGGGGACCCUGGACACCCAACCCCCUCCCUGAGAAUCACCUGUGCCUCUGGCACCGAGGAAGCAUGGUACAGGGUGAAGAGGUAGGCGGUCCUGGUACUGUGUGGGGUGACCAGCAGCCACGGCUGGGGUGUGUGGGCUACAUGCCAGGGCCCAUGAUAUGGGAAGCCACUAUCCCAGGCAAAAAGGAGUGUCUGGGCUCUAGGUCUCUGGGGGUGUUGUUGAGAGCCGUCUUGGAGCCCACGUGACUGCUGGGUGAGGGCUGAGGGGAACCCCCCUUGCUAGUAGCUCCCCUCUAAAGCAGGGGUCCCUGGGGGCCCAUUGUCUUCUGACCACCCUCCCUUCCUGUCACCCAGACAGGCAGCCUCUGGUCAUGGGCCAUUAGGAGGCCACACACCUCCCCUCCAGUCUCCUGGUUUUUGUCCUGGGAAAGGACCAUUCCUGGUGGGUGGACCAGCUGGGGUGCACCCGAGUCACUGGACAGAGGGUGGGUCUGGGGUCCUCACAGAGCAACUGCCCGGCAUCUGAGCACCCCCCCUCCCUCUAGCCCUUGGGGAUGGAGGCAAAGGUCCCCAGCCCAGUUUCCCGUUGUCCCAGGGGCCAGGCGCUGAGAUCUGUCUUGCUUAGAGAACUGGGGUUUGCUUGGUGGGUUACUCACAUGCUCUCCCCCCCCCCCCGUCCCCGCAAACAUACACACACAUGACUCAUCACAUGCUUGAGGUGGAGCCGGGCUGGCCUCACUGCUGGAGACCUUGGUACUGUGCGCCUUGGCUACCCUCUUAACUCGGAAGGGGGUGCAAGCUGGUGGCUGGGGGCUGUCCGUGGGCCAGUGUGAGUAGCUCUUCCUGUCUGUGACCCGGGUCACUUGGAACCAGCCAUGUACAGGCGGUGUGUCCAGCCAGGCCCAGGUGGCUUGUGGUCGAGGGCAGGUAGGGGAGGUAACAUGGCCAGGGCGAAGGGGUUGGCAGGCAUAGCUGUGACCAGAACACCUCAGCAACUCGGGACUCCCUUGGGAGGGCUGCGGGGGUGGGGGAAGGGGAGGGUGCUGGAGAAUUCUGGGUGCAUUGGAUGCUCAGAAAGUUUAGGAACCAGAGUUCUUGUUGGAAGCUUCCCUAGUUUGGGGACCUCCUAUCAGAAGGGGAAGCUUGAGUUAACAGAAUUUAUGGUCCCCCUCUGUAAACAGAAGGGAACUUGAGUUUGCCUCCAGAACUGCUGUUCCUGCAAUGCGUCAAUGGGAAAUAAAUAGCCUGGCUCAGCUGUACUGGGUUCAGGUCCCCAACGGGAGCCAAGAAAUGACAAUGGAAGACUCCAGCCAAUAGGCCAGGUGGUCCUGGCAGCUCCAGACACGGGCUGGGUAGUCCUGGCUGGGUCCCCACCUCUCCAAGGCUUGGCAGAAACUUUCAGACUGGUGGUGUCACCUGUGAACCACGACGGGGGUGGGGAGGGGCUUCGGGUGUGAAUCUUGGGGAAACGUCCUUUUCAGACGGGAGCGGGACGAGGGAGGGGAAGCCAGCUUCCGUGGCCGUUGGGUUGGGGUCGCACUUCCUUCUGGGCUCCUGGGGUGGGGGUGGGGGGAGGGGGCAGUGCCACACCUGUGCCAAGACCACAGGGCCCAUGCGCGGACAGCACCAAAGAAGACGCGACGCGGGAAGAUUGUUUUAUUUUCGGAAAAUGAGUCUAUGGCUGGAAUGGCUUCUGCAGAUGUAUAUAUUUUUGAAAGUGGUGGUUCCUCUUGCAUCACUCCCCUUCCCCCCCACCCCCAACUGGACUUCUUUCUGCCUCUGUCUGUGCUCUCCAAAGACCCCCGUGUAAAUCACAUGCCCCGGGCUUCUUCCGUCCUGGUCCCUUGUAUCUAAUCUAAUAAAUACGGAACGGCCUG